CACGUCAGCUGAUGUAGAGCGUUCAUUUUAUUAUUUUUAUAAGUCCAUUUUUUCAAAGUCAUUUUAUAAUUACAAUAUUUAUUUAAAUUAAACAUUUUUUCAUCCAGCAUAUGUGGGUAUAAUUUUUUUUCAAAUUGCAUAUUUUUAAAUUUUAUAGUGCAUAUUUUAAAGCAUAUUUCACUUGUUUUUAGUGCAUAAAUGCAUGCAUAUUUAAGACUUUUUUAGUGCAUGAAAUGCACAGCCCUGGUUAUAACUAUUAUAACUUGUAUAAUAAUUUUGUUAUUAGUAAUUCAUUACAAGCGAUAAGCUGUGUCACUAUCAUAGAUUAUAGACUAAAUUUACCAAAAUAACAUUUUUAAUUUCAUGUACAUAUUAUAUUUUUACCUAUAUGUACAAUGUACUAUGUAUAUAGGUACAGCGAUGUUGAUAUAUUUUAUAUAUGUUAUAUUGUUAUCAAAUAUAAAAAGGUACCUAUAGCCUAUAGGUCACGCGAGCAAAUUGGCUUUAAAUAUGAUAGUAAUUUGUCUUUACGAUUAUUUCAUUAAUACAAGUUUUGCACCUGCUGAAAUUUAAUGGGAUUACGCCAAUGUAAGUACGCAUAUUUAUCACUCGUAUGUAGAUACAAAACUGAUGAGUUAGUGCAUACCUACGACCUACACAUACAUUUUGGGUUCUGCCUACACGAUUUGUAUUUACUAAUAUAAUAUUAUAUGUACGUGAACGUCUCGAACUCUCUGCAAAACCAUGGUUUUAAAUCCCAUGCAAACGAUAAAACGAGAUUAGAUGUCCACGAAGAUACGCAUCCCUCCCACCAACAAGUAACCGAGUCGAUUUCAAACCAGUGGCAAUUUUUUGCAACUAAUUUUCAACUGUUUACAGAUAUAUUAUUAAUCAAUUCCCAAAGCACAAUAUGAAUUUGCAUUUAUUGCAGGUGCCUAUGCUAACUAUUGUCAAUUGAAAUCUGAUACUAUUAUAAGGUAGGUAUGUAGGUACCUACUAGCAGGGCGGCGGCAUUACCCACCAAACUAAUAAUUAAUAAAAAUAUUAUACUAUUUUUUUUAUAAUGUUGAUUACCUAUUAAGGUACAUUACACCUACUAUACUACAGGCCUGUAGCUGCUCUAUACAGUAUAAAAUAUAUAUUAAAUAACUCAACGACACGAUAUUUCCUUACUCGAUUUCCUCCUGUAAACCUCGCCGAUACCAAACACUCAAUACCGAGUGCAGUUUUCGAAGUGAUAAAAUAAAAAGAGUUAUUUGUUGUACACGACGCGUAUUUAAAAAAAAAAAAAUUUUGCACCAUAUCUAUAUAAUAUGUUUACGUCAUUCGUAUAUAAGUUAUAUAGGUACCUAUAAUUAAACAUUAAAUUGUAGACAACACGAAUACUGGCCUAGGCUAAAUACCCGAAUUAGGUAAUUUCGACAGAAACAUAAUAAAUUAAUAACAUAUAUAAUAGACAAGAUGAAUGAUACAUUAAUUAAAUUCACUUUUCAUUAUUCGACUUCUUUGCACGAAAAGUGGAAUAUAUUAUCUAGGCGACUAGGCCCGAGGCCACUGAGUAAAAUAUAAUAAUAAUAUGCCAAACCAAAAAAUUAAAUAUUAAUUCGUAAGAACUGACGGAAUAAUCAAAGCGUCGUUCCAAUUACUUGUUUGAUAAAAUAUUUAUUGUCGAAUUGAAGACAAUCAAAAUCGAAAACUUGUAUUUAUUUCUUGUGAUACAUCAAAGUAAUAAAUUCACUACCUACUUAAUAUAGUUACACGCCUAUAUCAUUAAUAUAGAUAAAUAUUAGCACGGUCAAUAGUUUUAUUAUUAAAAAAAAAAAACAUGCAGACACACACACACACAUACAUACACAAUAUAACAUACACGAGGAAUGAUUAUAUAAAUUUACUAUUCAUGAAAACUAAAUUAGAACCUUGCAAAUGGUCAAAAAGAUGAAAUAUUGACGUUCAUAUUAUAUGUACACAAUAUGCAUUUUCACCAAUAAAAAUUUAUUAUAUUAAGCAAACUUUAUUAAUAUUUUAAAACUAACAUGUGAAUGUACAGGUCGUGUUGUUUUGUUUGAUCACAACAAAUGGUUUUAAUACUUUCACCGUAAAUGACUUAGUUUACGCCGUAUGAGUGUAUAAUACAAAAUAUUUCGAUUGAAACUUAUGCAUCCAUUUGUUUUUAUGAUUUUAUCGUUUGACUAACAUAGUUUUUCAAAAAAAUGUCGAUCACAAAUAAAGACUUCUACGAAGAUAUAAGAUCAACGUUAAUGCUGUACAAAAUUUUGGGACUGACGAGCCUUAAAAAUGUAUUUUAUGGUCGAAUAGAUUUUCAAUGGGGAUCUAAUCUUUUAUGGCCAUUGGUAACGUACAUAACGCCAUGCUAUUUGCUGGUGUUCAAAGCCAUAAGAAAUCCAACGGCUACUCUGUGGUUUUGGACGGUAAAUUUCAUGCUGAGGGAACUUCUAAGUCAACUGACGUCGAUCUACGUCGACAUGCGUUUGCCGAAAAUCAUCGAGAACACAAACCGGUUCGACUCGAAGUACGGUCGGCCUACGGAACAAAGAACUCGCCCCCGUUACUACGUGGUCGCCUAUCUGGGAUGUACGUUUACGUUGCUUGCGUGCGGCUGCAUCGAUAUUUUGCUUAACAAAAUAUCGGCCAAAGUAUUCUACGAGUCGAUUUUGAGGUACAUGAGUUCGAUAUUUCCGCUGCUGUACUUGCUGUUCUGCGACGAGAUGUGCAUUCGCUUCCGGUCGUUGCGCACGCGGUGGCGCAUGGAAGUGGCCAAGGUGCUCGCGUCCACGCCGCGGAUCACGUGUCAAGUAAUGGAAUCGGAGCGGCUGGCGCACGCGCAGCUCUGCGACCUCGUCGAGGAGGUACGCGUGGCAUUCGGGCCCCGGAUCACCACGUACCUGCUUUUCGUGUUCCUCGAGCACCUUGCCCGGUUCUACUUCGACACGUACGUGAUGCCCACGUACAGGUACAAGCACUCGGCGCUGGAGAACAAGGGCGUCAGCAUGCUGGAGUCGUUGAUGUUCCUGGGUCACGCAUGGAUCGGUACAUACCUGGUCGCCUAUCUGUCAGACACGCUCACCGAAUCUAGCAAAGAAAUAAUAACAGACUUAAGAAACAUACCGAUAUGGAAAUUACCUCAAGACUGCUCUGAACAGGUUACUUUCUUCAUGUCUCAAGUACAGAAUUCUCAAACCGUUAUUACAGCUUCUGGUCUAUUCACGGUCAAUAAAACUAUUUUAUCGUCAAUAAUAAUAUCAUUGGCUACGUACAUUAUAGUACUCAUACAAUUGGCGCCAGACUUGGGACGCGUAUUUAUCGAAUAAAUUAUGCAAUAUAAAUAAUAAUAAAUAAUCAUAAUAAUCAUAAGUUACGAAUACAUUUAGAAAUGUAAUUUUACUAAACAAUAAUACACUCGCUUACUUCCCACGCACACAGUGGCGACUCAGCCGAUGCACUCUUUGGGGCACGCCCAUGAAAUAAUGAAAAAUAAAAACACGUCUCGAGGAAUUUUUUCGUACACUUCAGGCAUUCGUUGCCCUUCAAAAAAUUCAUAUUAACAAUCACCAUCGCAUAUUAUAUUUACCCGUU